AUGGCCGAUGCUGGUCGCUUCCUAGCGGCUUUCAUCGCUGCUGAUCCCGGUGAUGGUGGAGGUCGUGAUAAUUUGUCGGUUGAAUUUGCACUCAAAAUACAUGAAAACAAUUUUGUUUAUGUUUAA